AUGUCCCAACAACAGCUGGACGAAGAGACGCCUUUGCUGCCGCCCCUGCAGCAGAAGAAGGCUAGGACACCAUUGCCUUGGCGUCAAUUUUCUAUCAUACUAUUUCUCCAGGUCGCAGAACCACUAUCUUCACAAGUUAUUGCCCCCUUCGCACCUCAGUUAAUAAGAGAUAUCGGGAUUACAAAUGGCGAUGAGACCAGUGUAGGAUACUAUGUCGGACUGAUGUACUCCCUAUUCUUUGCCGCGCAAGCGCUCACUGUUCUUCAUUGGAGUCGUAUAUCGGACCACAUUGGACGGAAGCCCGUCAUUUUGACAGGCCUGCUUGGAAUAUCUAUCUCGAUGUGUUGUUUCUGCCUAUCUACGACAUUCCCCGGACUCGUACUAAGCCGCGCUCUAAGCGGUGCUUUGAAUGGCAACGUUGGUGUAAUGAAAAGCAUGAUGGUGGACAUUACCGACUCUACCAACUUGGCCCAGGCGUAUGCGUAUAUGCCAUUAGCUUGGUCAACGGGCGGGACAGUCGGCCCCCUUAUAGGCGGAUUGUUAUCACGACCAGUUGAUCAAUUCCCAAACGUCUUUGGAAAUUCCCAAUUCUUGAAGACCUAUCCAUAUUUCCUUGCAUGCGCUGUACCUGCCACUUUCUCUGCACUGGCUUGGAUCGUGACGUUCCUUUUCUUGCGAGAGACUGUACCUACCAGGGUGACUGUCGGACGUUUUCUCAGGGGGAAAUAUCACGAAGAUACCACCCAUGGCCAUGAGACUCCAACAGGGUCAUCUGAUUCCCUCAGCACAGAAGAUACUGCUCGAAGUACAAACGGCGAUGACGCCAAGCCACUACCCCUUCGCUCGCUGUUGAUACCCAGAGUGAUCAUAGCUGCCGGAAACUACGCCGCUUUGUCACUUCUUGAUAUCGCAUUUCGUGACGUACAACCUCUGUUCUUCGCCACACCGCUAGAAUUCGGUGGGCUAGGAUUAGAUCCCCCACAAAUCGGCAACAUUCUGGCCAUCUAUGGUGUAAUCAACGGCUUGUUCCAAAUCUUUUUCUUUGCCGAUCUGCAUGAUCGGUUCGGCUCAAAGAUAAUAUAUUCUACUGCAAUGGCUGCUGGAAUUCCGACGGUCAUCACCUUUCCCAUCCUCAAUGCUGUCGCAAGAGUACAGGGUUUGAGCUUCAUGGUAUGGGCGAUUGUUGGCCUACAACUCGCUCUCUCGAUGAUAUUAAAUCUGGCGUAUUCUUGCAUAUUUAUCUAUAUCGCAGCAGCGUCUCCGAACCCAGCAUCUUUUGGUGCAACGAGUGGGAUUGCUCAGCUGGGAGUGUCGAUCGUGCGAGCUAUCGGUCCCCGCAUCCGCUACAAUCCUGACCACGCAUGGAUGAUCUACUAUUAUAUGAUUGCUCUGGUCUGCAUAGGGAUCUUCGCGUCGCUGUUCCUUCCUCGGCAAGUCAUGGAAGAAUGA